AUGUCCCAGAAAUCAGAAGCCGAAGCCUCAGAUAAUACCAAUCUCACUGCGCCAUCAUUGAACGCCAUCUAUGAUUCCAGCUUGCUAGACGAAAACGACGCCACCAACGAUGUUUAUAAUGGUUUUGAUCAAGAUGUCGCCAAAAUGAGCUCGCGCACACACGUCCAAAUAUCCUCAUCUAGACCAUUGCGUGAAAAGCUUAAGAAUAAAAACCUUUGGAUGCUGCUGUUUGGCAAAAUCUGCGUCCUUGGACUUUCGGGGAUCGCUUUUGUCAACAUCAGUGAAAACAUUCACGAUAAUCACUUAUUGACUUCGAAUGCUGCUUCCCGUCCAUUUGCCUUGAGCUGUAAGGUUGCUACCGAGGUCUUUGACUCCCCCGAAAUCCCAACAACUUACAUUGCCUUUGCCUGGGGGGUUGUAUUGGGGACUGCUCAACCUGUAUUGGACUUGAUCUUCCCAGACUGCUUCACUACAAAAUUAUUCCACUUGAACAGUGAGAAGUCAUCAUCUUCAUCAAUUGUUGAUUUCUCAAGUAUUGUCCGGGCCACCAUCGUGCUCUUGGGGAUUUCCUUCGGGUUGAGGAAUGUUGAUUGGGAAAGCACGUUACAAGCGUCAAUUGCUUUUAGCUCUUUGAACAUCUGUGUGUGGUUAUUGUUGGACAGUACGAUUUCAGGGUUCAUUGGGUGUAGCAGUUUGGCAGUUUUGGCCACUGCAUCGGUGGUGGUAUUUGACGACAGUAACAAUGUGAAUGACUGGAAGCAAGUAAUGGAUUUCCAAGGGCUUCUUGCUGGCGAUCAAGAGUUUCUUGCGUUGAACAUGUUUACUGCCAGUUUCUUUUUCUGUCUGUUGAUUAUUUAUGGGAAGAUUGGCAGAUUUCUUUUCAGGGAAUGA